AAAAAAAAAAAGAUAAGAUAAUGGAUCUUGUAUGUUGCACAAGUUGGUCUUUAUUUGUAAUAAUAUAGGAAUGGAUUGCUGUUACUGUUACAUUGAGAGGGGGCUUUUGCCUCUUAAACUAUGUUGGAGACUGUAUUGUUGUCACUUUUAUUUUCUUUCAACUAAUUGUGAAAGUGUACUUUGGUCACUGUUGAGGAAUGAGGGAGAGGGGACAAAGUUCAAGGAGGCAGGGAGGGGGUGAAGAGGAAGAAGGUUCAAAUAAAAGAAAAUUGACCUUUGAAAGCUAAAAAGCAAGUGGAGACCAAAAACCAGCCAACUCACGAUUCAUCGAGAGGAAAGUAAACAUCAAGAAAAAGAAAAGUGUUGGGGUUUUUUUUUUUCGCCAGUGAAAGGGAUUACAAAUAUAAUGGCACCCUGCUUUCCCCAUCUGGCCAAGCUUUGAGUGUGUAACCAACACAUGAGAGCAGAGAGUUUGUUUGCAAAGCGGGAGCAGGUAAGACAUCAGCGUAAUGGAGGGUGAGGAGAGGACCGGGGCUGCCAUGGCGAGAUCCAACCGUCUGACGGCCCUCCAGGAACAGCUGGUCUGGGCCUUGCUAGAAUCAGGCCUGUCCCGUGAGGUCUUGAUCCACGCAAUGGGGGAACUGGAACGAGAAAGGGCGAACACAACAGACAAGGGAGAGAGGGGGGAUGGGGAGAGCUCCGAGGAGGGAGAAAUGGAUUACCCACCGCCGAUAUUCCGAGAUUUGGAGAAACUUCCCCCAGAGGAGGCCGCCAAACUGAGGGCUGAAGUGGAACAGCUCCUGCAGGAGGACCCGUGGCAUGUUGCAAAAAUGGUCAAAAGCUACAUGCAGCAACAUAAUCUCCCUCAAAGAGAAGUGGUAGAGUCCACAGGACUCAAUCAAUCGCAUCUCUCCCAGCACCUCAACAAGGGCACGCCGAUGAAGAACCAGAAAAGAGCUGCACUGUACAGCUGGUACGUCAAGAAGCAGUGUGAAAUCAGCCAGCAAUUCACCAAUGCCAAACAUGGCCUCACCUCCAUGGAGGAGCAGGGUGAGGACUCCAGGAAGGGUCGGAGAAACCGAUUCAAAUGGGGUCCAGCUUCCCUGCAGAUCCUUUUCCAUGCCUAUGAACGCCAGAAGAACCCAAGCAAGGAGGAGAGAGAACGCUUAGUGGAGGAGUGUAACAGGUGGAAGACAAAGGCAGAGUGUCUCCAGAGGGGAGUGUCCCCUUCACAGCUUGCUGGCCUGGGCUCCAACCUGGUCACUGAGGUCAGGGUGUAUAAUUGGUUUGCAAACCGGAGAAAAGAGGAAGCCUUCCGGCACAAACUAGCUCUUGACGGGCCUUUCACCAGCCACACGGGUUCUUCUUCCAACCCCAACCUUUCUUCAAGUCCAGAGCUCACUUCCAAAUACAGCCAUCAAAUCCAAUGCGAUACCCUGAGGUCAGCCAGAGUUACUGGAGGAGACAAUGUGGGACGCCUUGUGGUCAGUCCUGUCCAUCUAGAGCCAAGCCACACACUCCUCGACAACCACCAUCCCAAAUUGGUUUCCAGUGGAGGCCCACUUCCCCCUGUAAGCACUCUGACGUCACUGCACAGUUUGUCCUCGUCCCCUGCAUCCUCACAAGGCCUCAUUAUGGCUUCUCUGCCCAGUGUCAUGAGCCUAGCAGAGUCUUCACUUCUCAUUGGUCUAGCUUCAACACAAUCUCAAACAGUCCCAGUCAUAAACAACAUGGGAGGUGGUUUCACGACUCUGCAGCCAAUCUCAUUCCAGCAGCAGCAGCAGCUUCAUGCACAGCAGCCAAUGCCACAGCAGCUCCAAAGUCAAAUGGGUUCCAGUCCAUUUAUGGCGACCAUGGCACAGCUUCCAAGUCACAUGUACAACAAGACUGAUUCACCACAGUACCCCUCAUCUAGUCUUCUGUCUCAGGCCAUGGUCAUCACUGACAGCAGUAGCCUGGGCACACUAACCAGCCUUGCAUCUGUCAGACAGAUUUUAACAGCUGAUCCAGAGGAGCAGACAGACCCUUCACUGCAGGAAAAUUCUUUACACCUACAGCCACACACACCUGGACCAGCAUCCAGCCAGAGCCCAGAGAUGUAUCCUGCCUCCCAAACAACAGACAGCCACCAGGCUCACCUUCUGUCACCUUCACCAACAGACAUUAGCACUUACAUUCCUACACAAAUGGUCUCUACAGCACAGUAGUGCUGUGCUCCAGAAAUGCCUCCCCAACACCAAGGUGACCAAGGAGCUGCUCAGAAAGGAAUGUUGCAUCUCAUUUAACAAAGUUCUGAGAUGACAGCCACAAGUUGUUCAGAUGUUAGAAAUUCAGAGACAACAUAGCUCUAAUAUGAACAAGGAACAGUGUUGAUUUACUUUUUAGACCAAAAUAUAAAAUCAAAUUUGAUAACAAAAUGUAUUUUACUUAAAUACUUUUU